AUGAGUCAAGAUUCAGGAGCCUUGAAGAGACUCGAAGAAGAGAACAAAUGGUUGCGGGAGAAAGUGAGGGAGUUGGAAGAAAAGUUAAUGGCAAAAGCAUCGGGAUUGGAAAUGAAUCAUGAACAACAUCAAAUCAUCAAGGAAGAAGAUCAAUAUGAGGAUGGCAACAACAAUACUGAACUUUUAAAAGAAAAGCUUCCAUAUCUCUACAAUGAACUGAACAAGGAAUUGAAUAAUGAUCAAAUUGCUAGAUUCAGUAGACAUUUACUACUUCCAGAAAUUGGUGUGAAGAGACAGGCUAAAUUAUGUAAUGGAAGCAUUUUGUUGGUUGGUGCUGGAGGCCUAGGUUCGCCUGCUGCCCUUUUUCUUGCUGCAGCAGGUGUUGGAAAAUUAGGAUUUGUGGAUUUCGAUGUUGUAGAUACUAGUAAUCUUCAUAGACAAAUCAUUCACAAUGAACACCGUACUGGAAUGCUUAAAACAUUAUCUGCAAAAAUGUCUUGUAAACUUUUAAACGAAAAUGUGAAAAUUGAAUGUUACAAUCAACCCUUCUCGGAAUUGAAUGGAUUAGAAUUAGUCAAACAAUAUGAUGUAAUUAUGGACUGUAGUGACAACGUCACCACUAGAUAUUUAGUGAAUGAUGCGUGUGUAUUGGCAGGAAAGCCACUUGUGAGCGGAAGUGCUGUAAAGUUCGAAGGACAAUUAACAAUAUAUAAUUACAGGAAUAAGAAUGUUAAAGGCCCAUGUUAUAGAUGUUUGUAUCCGGAUCCUCCUCCACCAGCAACAGUAACCAGUUGUUCUGAUGGAGGCGUUCUUGGUGUAGUACCAGGAAUAAUAGGAUGUCUUCAAGCACUUGAGGCUCAGAAAUUAUUAAUGCAAAUGGACGAUGAGGAAUCUGUGAAGAAUAAUUGUGAAAUUUUAGUACAGAAAAUGCUUUUGUUUAAUGCUAAAACUUGCUCGUUUAGGACUGUAAAGAUAAGAGGAAGACAAUCAUGUUGUAAGGUGUGUGGCGAUAUUCCUACAAUAACAAGUUUAAUACCGGAAGGAACGUCUCUGGUGUGUGCAGAUAAGGUAGCGUCACAACCUGCAGACUUGCUGAGACCCGAAAAUAGAAUCACAGCCCAAGAAUAUGAAUCAUUGUUAAAGAAAAAUCCAAAGAAUCACAUUUUACUUGAUGUUAGAGAAAGAAUUCAAUACGAUAUUGCUGCUCUCCCUCACGCUAUCAAUAUUCCACUCAAGCAAUUAAGUAAGGAAGAAUCCAUUCAAAGGAUUAGAGACGAAAUUUCAAAGAAUUCUAACAAUUCUGCAACAACACCUAAUGAUUAUCCAAUCUUUGUCAUUUGUAGACGAGGGAUUUCUUCAGUUUCUGCCACCAAAACUCUUCUUGACGUUGGAUUUACCAAUGUAAAGAAUAUUGAUGGUGGAGUUAAUUCAUGGCGAAAGAACGUAGAUCAAGGAUUUCCUUUGUACUAA